AUGCCGAUCGACCUCCUAAUCAAAGACCAUCCACACAGGUCGAUUGCUCUCCUUACUCCUUCCCAUGCUUUAAUUCUGCGAAACUCACCCUCACCCUCUUCUGCGCAAAGCUCUAGCAAUGCAUCCUUUGCUUCUAUCCUCGAACGCACUAAUGGUCCUUCCUCCACUACUCCAAUUCCUAAAUGCAUAAUUGAAUUUCUCGAUCUUGCCUCUGUCGACCUAGACGGGUAUCGGUCUUUAUCGAGCCAGCCCUGCUUAGGCACUCUUGGCCUGAUUACACUUAAUCGUGAUGUUUUCCUUGGUGUUGUUACUAGUGCUCGGGAGGUCGCGUCAGUUCGCCCUGGUGAACACGUCUUUAGGAUACAUGCGGUUAACUUUCACUGCCUCAAUCGUGCCGAUUUUGACGACUUUCUUGACUCCGACGUAAACCCAUACCCCGUGGAUCCAGACGGCUGGGACCAAGGGCGGAGUCAACCGCACGUAGGAGUAGAACACCCAUGUUUAUCGCUGAGGAAGCUUCUUAGUGGGGGAACAUUUUACUACUCUCGGGAUUUUGACCUUACGAACCGGCUUCAAGAUAGAUCAAUUGACACUGCCGAUUUUGACAUCGACAAUUUUGACCCUUCGUUCUUAUGGAAUUCUUACAUGAUUAAUGCUUCUUAUAUUCUCACGAGUACCAUUCGUGGCUUUGUAGAGUCCCUAACAAUUCCACGCCCAUUGACUUCAGCUGAGCCCAGAUCCGCCGGUUUAGCUACUACGUUGACAAUUAUCAGCCGAUUGAGUUGCAGGAGGGCUGGCACCCGAUUCAACUCUCGUGGAAUGGAUGACGAUGGGCAUGUAGCAAAUUUCGUCGAAACGGAGACUGUUAUCUGGGACCCGUGUCCCGAGUCUCAAAACGUGAGCAUUGGUUUCAGCUACUGCCAAAUCCGGGGCAGUAUACCGAUAUUCUGGGAGCAGCAGACUGGCUUACUCCCAAAUCAGCAAAAGAUACAAAUUACGAGAUCCUCCGAGGCUACCCAACCAGCGUUUGACAAACAUUUGGAGUCAAUCUCGCUAAAGUAUGGUGCAAUCCAUGUAGAACUGUCCUCCCGCCUUAGACACCACAUCAAACACUCCCCUCUAACAACCAGCGGGCCGGGCGAGAAACGUAAUGCGCUUGGUAACUCUUCACUUCUGGAAGCUACCGAAUAUGAUUUUCAUGCAGAGACGAAAGGACCUUCUGGCUAUGAGGCAGCCAACAUGAUACGCCGCAUUGUUGAACCUUCAGCAGAUUCCUUUGGUUUUUUUUUAAUGGAAAGCAGCAGCCGCAGAUCUAAUCGUGGAGCUAAUAGAAGAGGCCAAAAGGAAACAGAGUUUGUCAUGCUGCGGCAAGAUGGUGUCUUCAGGACGAACUGCCUCGAUUGCUUAGAUCGGACAAAUCUUGUACAGGGAAUAUUAAGUAAAACGGCAAUUGAAUCCUUCCUCGAACAGACUGGUAAAAACUUUGGGCAUGAAUUCUGGAUUCGUCAUUCCACUCUAUGGGCCGACAAUGGUGAUGCACUUUCCAAAAUUUAUGCCGGGACAGGUGCCUUAAAGUCAAGUUUUACUCGCACAGGAAAAAUGAGUUUCGCCGGCGCAAUCGCUGAUGCACGGAAGAGCGCUGCCAGGAUUUAUAUUAAUAAUUUUGCCGAUAAAGACAAACAGAACACCAUCGAUGUGUUAUUGGGCAGAUUAGUUGGUCAAAAUUCUGUGUACCUAUACGACCCUGUUAGUGAUUAUGUUACCGCGGAAUUGAGUAAACGAGAAAUAGAAUAUUCUCACGAAAAGGAUAUUCAUAUUUACGUUGGCACAUUCAACCUUAAUGGCCAGACGUCCGGCAUGAAUGAUGACCUUUCCCAAUGGCUGUGUCCACCCUUUUUGGAAAAUUCCCCGCUGCACCCUGAGCUUGUAGUUGUAGGGUUCCAGGAGAUUGUUCAAUUAAGUCCACAGCAAAUCAUGUCUACAGAUCCCGCUCGAAGGCAAUUGUGGGAGCAAGCCGUACUCAAAGCACUCAAUUCGCAUGCUAGAGCUACUGGCGGUGAAGAAUACGUGCUUCUUCGAGGAGGACAGCUUGUUGGCGCAGCCCUCCUAAUAUAUGUAAAGGCCAGUGCGAUUCGCGAGGUCAGGAAUGUCGAAGGGAGUUUGAAAAAGACCGGUAUGUCGGGUGUCGCUGGGAACAAAGGAGCUGUAGCCAUCCGCAUGGAAUAUGCAAAUACUCGGCUCUGCUUCGUCACGGCACAUCUUGCUGCUGGAUUUUCGAACUACGAAGAACGAAACCGAGACUAUAGGACCAUCGCGCAUGGACUAAGGUUCCAGCGGGGCCGAACUAUAGAUGAUCAUGAUACAGUCAUAUGGCUUGGCGAUUUUAACUACAGGAUCGGACUCCCCGAUGAGAAGGUCCGGAAAUUGGUAGGACUCGGCGAUCUUCAGACCCUAUACGAUAACGACCAGUUAAACCUCCAAAUGAUUGCCGGACUUGCCUUUCCCUAUUUCUCAGAAGCAAGGUUGACCUUUGACCCCACCUACAAGUACGAUAUUGGAACGGACAGAUACGAUACCUCCGAGAAGGCCAGAAUACCAGCUUGGUGUGACCGAGUGCUUCGCAGAGGGAAGAAUCUACGGCAGCUGUCUUACGGUGCUGUUCCUCUCCGCUUUUCAGAUCACAGACCCGUCUACGCCACGUUCCAAUGCGCGGUCUCUGUAGUGGAUGAAGCCGCAAAAGAGAAGUUAAGCAAGGAAAUCUAUACCAAGCUGCGUGCAGAAGUUGGCCAUCUGGCAGGCCCGGGAGAGGAUUCAUCGGGAGAUGAAGACGAUUUACUAGACUUUGAGCCCAUUGAAUCUGGCCUACUACCACCAAGCUCCGAUAGUCGAAAAUGGUGGCUAAAUGACGGAAUGCCCGCCAAAUCGACAGUAAAGCCCCCUGGCCCCGACUAUGCCCCGAACCCCCAACGCUCGACAAACCCGUUCACAACAGCCACCGAACCAGACUGGAUCCGCAAAUCCGACUUCCCCCCAACACUGCCGGCACCACCACACCAAAAACAAUCACAAAUCCCCCCCGCCACCACAGCCACCCCAACCCCCCCAACACUAACCCCUCGCCCUUCGAAAAGCGCCCCAAGGAAAUUACCCCCACCAUUCAACCCCGUGGACCUACCUCCCCUCCCUGCACGCUCAAAUACUUUCACGAUGCCCAAGGCCCCACCUCCAACUCCCCCUAUCACCACCACCGCCAUCACUUCCACCAUAAACUCAUCAACAACAUCACUAGAAACCUCCCAUCCGCAGCCCGGAAAAGUAGGAAAGCACCCACCGCCAACAGUUCCUCGAAAGCCGGCAGUCUUGUCGAGGGAUGCGCAGAGGGCAGGGCUGGAUAUGCAUAUUCCCGGCGGUGCGAUACAGGCACGCUCGCUACCCCCACCGCCGCUAAAGCGCGUGAGCACCCUGCCGGUGGUCGGGAGGCCAGUACUACCGCCCAGGGGUGGGCCUACAGAAGUUGAGCAGGGAAAUGGGAGAGAUUGAUGUGCGAUGACAAGGGGGGAGAUAUUGAGUGGGUGCCGUUGGGGCCAGCUUGAGCAUUGUGUUGUUGAAGCUUGUAGAGUUUGUGAAAAGUUGGCAGUCUAGUCUGGUGCAUCCCGGUCAAAGCAAAACGGUUUAUACAUGCGAUACCAGACAUAUCGCCGUAUACGCUCGGCUGAAACCAUGUACUCGAGUGCUGUUCUUUAACGACAAACGUCCAAUAUAAUAUAGCACAGUAUACGCCAAAAUUACAUUGUUCUAUCAUACAGCAGGUAGAAGCCAUGAAGCACCAUCAAUCAAAUUUAUUAUCCUGAC